CCUGGGGACUGCCGUCAUGGGGCCAUCUCAGGGGAGCCCUCCCAGCCAGUGUGUUAAUGUGGAGCAGAUGGAAGCCACAGCAGGCUUGGAGGGUGGAAUGAAGCGGUCUGUGAGUCCUUGGCACCAGACACAUGGUGCUGGUGAUGUUCCCGUGGGAUCCUGCAGCCCAGCCUGGCUCUGGGUCCUCGCAGAGGACCAUGCCUUCCAGCUCUUCCCCCCAGAAAUGCCCCCGUCCUGCCCUUCCCCUCACCCCUGGCCUCCCCAAGAUGAGAAGUAUGGUGUGGCCACAGCGUUGUGGAGGAGCCAAGGGGGGGGGAUUUCUAGUGGGUCCUGUGGAAUCUGGGAGAUAUGAAGAAAGGGGUGGGGCACAUGAAGCUGUGGGUCCACGUGGAGCUAGGCAAGGGACUCUGGCUGCAGCGCUCUCGUCCCAAGACAGAUCAUGCCCAGAUCAAGCCAGCUGGGCUUCUCAGGGGUGGCCGUGUCUCGAGCUCCUGGGCACCGCCCCCCACCCAGCCUGCCUGCUGCAGACUUCCUUGGUGCUGGAGAUUACCACCAGUCUCCUGUCUGCAUCUCCAUGACUCUGUCUGGGGUCUUUUGUCAGAAUUGACUCAGGCACCAGUGACAGCUCCGGGACUUCCAGCAAACAGGGUGUGUUCUUCCUGGUAGGACAGCAGAGUCUGGUAUCCCACACACACCCUCACUCAGCCAUAGGGGUUGCUGGGAAGUGCAGGGUGUGGAGGGAACGCUCCCAAGGUACGUGCUGCUGGGCUGGAGCUCCACGGCCGCAGGGCACUCAGCCAGGCUUUCCUGUGAGCAGAGAGGCCCCAGAGCAUGCGGAUGCAAGUAGAGCCAGUGGGAAUGGUUUGGGUGGGACAUCUUGGCUCUUGCUAUGCCUUAGCAAAGGCAUGUGGUGGGUAUCUGCCCCUGGAGUAGCCCACCGCCCCGGGGAGCUCUGGAAUUGUGCCUUGUGACAGCCUGGGGUCUGAAUCCAUUUGUGGGAAAGCCAGGCUGGAAGGGACGGGAUUGCUGUGGGGUCGCUCUGCAAGGCAGAUGGCACAUACAGGGCUUCCUCCCCUCCUGUCACCUCCUGGCAGGCCCCCUCCCCACAGGGCACCUGCUGUGUGCAGGAAGGGCAGGUGUCUGCCAUGCUGGGGGGUGGUUGGUGGGGGGGACUGCAGGUGUCUUGGUCUGCUCAGGCUGCCCUCACAGAAUGCCUAGAAGUCUUGAGUGCAGGAUGCCAGCAGGCUGGGUUCUGCCUUCCAGGCUCAGAGUCCUCCCCGGGGAGCUCUGCUCUCUGGCUCUGGUAAGGAUCCCCGUCCCAGCAUGGGGGCCUUCAGGACCUCACAUAAUCCUGAUGUCAUCCCGUGGAGGUUAGGGCCUCGAUGUGCAAGGCUGGGGGAAUGCAGAAGUCCAAGCCACAGGACAGGAAGUCGUCUCCUGCCUGAUGCUUGGCACCCUAAGCCCACUGGGGUCCCAGCUGCUGACUUCUGACCUCACUCGUCUGAAAGUCUCCUGCACUUGCCCCAGCGGUCUCUUCCAUGGGGCAGAAGCUGUUCUGACCAGGCCCCACCGCACCUGCUGCGGCAGCCCAUGUUGACAGGGUAUGCUCUGGUGCAUGCCCGCCUACAUACAUCCUCCUGGCAGGCCGACAGCAACAGGGCCUCGCUCACACGUGUGCACCGACAAGCCUAUGCACGCCUCUACCCCGUGCUCCUGGUCAAGCAGGACGGCUCCACCAUCCACAUCCGCUACCGGGAGCCACGACGAAUGCUUGAGAUGCCCGUGGACCUGGACACCCUGUCCCCAGAGGAGAGGAGGGCACGGUUCCGGAAACGCGAGGCCCAGCUCCGAAAGAAAGAGAAGGAGGAGCCAGAGCUCAGUGAUGACUUUGACAUGGAGCAGUACAAGCGGUUUUGGACAAAAAAGUGAUGGGCCUGGAAGCUGCCUGUGUGGGGGAUGCGAUUUCGGGGAUGGUGUGUCUUUACAUGGUGUGUUCGCAAA